UUAAAAUUUACAGGUAUUGCCUGUUAACGUAGAUGUUUGUAUGUACGAGGGGACCGUGAAGGCAGCACUGGUCCUGAUCCUCUGCGUGACGAUGCGGUGUUUCAUUUGUGUGAGCGGCCGCCGCUGGGCUGGCGUUAGAGCUUCCUGUUCCGUGCGGGAUUACUGUGUGUUUUACACACUUUCUGUUGUCCUGAUACACUUCACUGCAUGAGACACGUCACUGCUUCAAACAUGAAAAAAAGCAGUUUGAGGUCGUUUAAGGAGCCGUUUGGCAGGAUCAGCUCUGAACCCGUGGAGGACACAGACACCACCAGCUUUGUGGCAGAAAUUUCCUUGGAGGCCAAUUACCCAGUGCAGGUGACAGAUCCCCAUGCAGAGGCUGUGACACUCCACCUGAGCUCCAUGCCGCCUGGAUACCUGAGCCCCUCCUCAGGUAGAAUAAGACAGCCAGUUGAAGAUGUUGAAGAAUGCACCUGCCCAACAUCUAUUUCACCAGACUACCCCAAAGAACUGCAGUUACUAAACAGCCCCUGUGAAAAGUGCUGCUGCCCAGCACCUCCUCCCAAGAUCAGCGACCUCAUGAAUGACAAAGAUCUCCUGGACUUACUGCGGCUCAAAUUGGAUCCAAACCACUGCACCAUCAAAAACUGGAAGAACUUUGCGAGUCGAUGGGGGAUGAGCUAUGAUGAACUGACCCUGCUGGAGCACCGGACGCAGGGGUCCUUGUCACACAGCCCCACUCAGGAGUUCCUGCUGCGCUACAACCAGAAGACGGUCACUGAGCUCACCGAACUUUGCCGCAUCUACCAGCGCAUUGAUGUGCUGCGGCUGCUGCAGAGCUGGAUAGAGAAGGACUGGCCGUCACGCUGGCAACAGACUCUUUAACCAGUUUGACUCUGUAUAUUUAUCCUGUAUUUCUUUUUUCUUCUAUCAGGGUUGUAUUUGUAAGGGAUUUCUUCUUCUUCAUAAGACUGGAUAGAUUUUACCAAUGUUUUAUCAUUAGUAACUAUAGAAGUGAUCCUCUGAAAAAGAUAAACAAUGACCAACCAGUGAAAGUCCUUUAGAGAAUGUCAGCACACUGGGUGCUUCAUGUAGCACAGGAUCUUACACACAGUAUACACAUGACUUGCUACUGAUAAAAGGUUUGGCUAAAUUAGUCCAGACUACUGAAAUGAAAUAUCUAAACUGGUGGAUAGAUUGCCCUGUAGUUUUGUACAGACAUUCUUGAUUCAUGGUGCCCAGAGGAUAGAUCCUAUGGCUUUGGUGAUCCUCUGAAUUUUCCUCUCAUUAUCUCAACAUCUACUUGUCAGAUUGGUCCAACUUUUUCUAAAGACAUUCAUGUUUCCCCAAUGAUGUGUCCUGAUCUUGAGGUCCACAGAAAACUAUUUGAUGGAUUGUAAAGAAAUUAGUGGACAUUCAUGUUCCCCUCAGGUUGAAUUGUAAUACAUGUUUUCUUAAAUGCCAUCAUGCAGUCAAAAAUUUAAUUUAUACAACAUUUUGUGAUUAUGGUUUAUAACUAAAUACCUGGAACGAUCAUCCCCAGUACUACUUUGUGUUUAGUGUGAAUUGGCAAAUGUUAGAAUGCUAAAAUGUCAGCCUGUUAGCAUGGGUCACAAACACAAAGGGAAUGGUAAAAUAUUUAUUUUUUUAUAAAAUGUUAUGUUUUAUUUUCGGACAUAACACAGCAGGAUGUGUGUCAUCCUCUCACAUUAAGAGGGGCUUGAUGUUCCAUUGAUGUAGAAUGGGAAAUAACUAAUUUGUUACAUUCACAAACCAAAAGUUUUUAGCAGUUUAAAACAGUUUAAAUGUUUAAAGCUUUUGAAGAAACAUAUUUUAAUAUUUUUUUAUUGUGCUUUUAUUCUCAGUAUGAAAUAAACACGUCAAACUCUGUAAA